AUGGAACCCUCAAAAUACACUGGGUUUCGAGCAAGGUUCCGUCAGAAAUUGGAAGGAUUUCGGGGCGGAAAGCCGAUAAAGCAAAAUAAUCAGGUUGGAGGUUACAGCACAAAGAAUGACUCGACUUCGUCGGCCAGACACGACUCUUCCGAAACCCCAGCUCGAGAUGAAAAUGAACAUGCUUAUGCUGUCAAAACUUCGGAAGAGGAUGAGCAUGUCUCUUCAACCGAAGCCAUUCAGCAAGAAAGUCCUCAAAAGAACGGCCAAGCCUUUGAUCCUUCCAACCAAAACGUGACACUGACAGAAUGGUCAACCACCAUUCACAACGCCCUUUGGAAUGAGGCCUACAAUAAUCUCAAGCAGGAUUUAAAGAAGGCAAAGUAUGUGGAAGCAUACGAAAAACUAGUGUUGGCGGUCUUUCUGGAAACGCCUAUGUCAGAUGCAGCUGGCGAAGGUAGUGGUUCUCGGACAGACUUGGGAGAGGAGAGGAUGAAGGCGGUAGUCGCGAAGGGCCUAGAAAGAAUUGAAGAUUCUAAAAAGGUCAUGGAGACAGUAGAUAAUGUUUCGGGUGUUCUCACGCAAGUAAAAGCGUUCCUUGACAUUCCGUUAAAAAAUGCCCCACAGACCGCGCUUCCGUGGGCUGUGAUUUCCUCCACAUUUGAUGUGAGUAUAUUGAACUUUUGUAUGGGUGCCAUGCUGACUGUGCAGAUCCUGGUCAAACCAGCCAAAGCAGCAGCAGACCUUUAUAAUGGGGUGGCGUACGUUGUCUCUCGAAUGAGCUGGUAUUCGAAAGCUGUAGACAAGCUGUUGAGCGAGCAGAAUAUCAAGGACAAUACAUCACUGGAAGAGAUGAAUCACGAUCUCAAAACUGGCAUUGUGGAUCUCUAUCAGUCAAUGCUCUUCUACCAGAUCAAGAGUGUCUGUUUCUACUACAAAAGCCAGCUUCUUGUCCUGCUCCGAGGCUUUCUCGAUUUGGAUGAUUGGAGCGGAAAUUUGGAUGCCGUCAAAAACGCCGAAAAUGCUCUCCAGAACGACCUCAUCCUCUACAAUCAGGAACACAUUAAGGACCAGAUCAGACAGAUUACUAUAAACAGUGAGCAACAGGAAGAAUUAGACGAAUACCGCAACUGUCUGCAGUCCCUCCGCUGGAUUGACCCGCGAGCUGAAAUCGGGGAUAUUCAAGCCCGAAAUGAGAACAUCAUAGAAGAGCUGUAUACAUGGAUUCUUCUCACAGAUGAAUACAGACAAUUCCGCAAGUGGGACCACUCCACUCCUGCACGCUUGUGGAUCAGUGGGCAAGCAGGAACUGGAAAGACGAUGCUCCUGAUCGGUAUCAUAAAAGAUCUGAUUGCUCGUGGACUUUCCGAUACAGAACGUCCGCUGGUUUUAUAUUUCUUCUGUCAAGCCACAAAUGAUCAAGCCAACAAUGGCGUUGCGGUUCUUCGCAGUUUAAUAUGGCUGCUGCUUCUGGAACAACCUCAGUUGGUUUCACACAUCCAGAAGGAAUACUUUCAUUCCGCAAACAGGCUGCUUACGGAUAAAAAUGCGUUCACAACUCUACGUGACAUUUUCAGGAAGAUGCUGGAGGAUAAAUCCCUGAAACGAGCCACCAUUAUCAUUGAUGCCAUGGAUGAAUGCGAGGAAACAAGCAGAGAACUACUAACCAGCUUCAUCGACGAUGCGUCCUCUGCACAAGAGCUAUUCAAUAUAAAGUGGCUUGUCUCCAGUCGGCCACUGCCGGAAAUACCACCAAGUGUGCAGGACGUCACUCUGCCAACACACAGUCUACUGAAGCUCGAUGAACACGACAUGUCGGACUCCAUCAACAGAUAUAUCGAUAUCAAGAUGGUUCAGCUCAGACAAAAGGCACGUAAGAAGGGCCGUGUUGAAGAAAUAGCUGAUAAAUUGAAAGCCCGAGCAAGCAACACUUACAUCUGGGUAUCAUUGGUCUGCAGAGAGCUCCUUCACGCGCAUGAGUUCAUGUGGACUGAGAUCGUCGACAAAAUUCCAAAGAGAUUGGAAGACCUCUAUGGCUACCUGCUCAAUAGAUUGGCCAAUAUAGACUCCGAAAUAAUGUCAUCGUGCUGCAAGAACGUCCUAAAUGCCGCUAUGCUUGCACGAGAUCCCCUUUCCUUGUCGGAGAUCGAAAUUCUCGCAGAGCUUCCAGAGGGCGAGGAUGCAGCGGAAGCAGUCGUUCAGGAAUGUCGGUCGUUCCUGACCAUUCGAAACGGUACCGUCUACCUGAUCCAUCAGUCAGCGCAAGACUAUCUGCAAAAACACUAUCAAAGACUCUACAAUGUCCCUCAGGCUACGCUUCAUCACCGAAUUUAUCAAAGAGCUCUCAAUGGUUUGAGAAAAGCCUUGAAGGAAAAUAUAUAUGGAUUGCCUCAUUAUGGAAUUACGACAGAAGAAGUGCAAAUUCCCAAUCCAGACCCAUUAGUCUCUGUUCGGUAUGCAUGCCGCUACUGGGUCUAUCAUUUAGAACAAAGUGGCUCCACGUCCACAGAUAUGGAGGAUAUCCUCUCGUUCUUCAACACACACUUUCUUCAUUGGCUCGAGGCAAUGAGUUUGCUGGGCAGAUUUCCAGACAUUGUGAGGCUCGUUGGUCAAUUGAAAUCCAACCCAAAGACUAAGAGUGAACCCACCCUCUCUGACGUCCUAAUGGAUGCCGAAAGGUUCAUCUUGCACAGCCUGCCAGUUGCGAUCAGAGCACCUCUUCAGCUCUAUGUUUCUUGUUUGAUCUUCUCGCCCGAAACAAGUCGGGUGAGGUGCAUGUUUAAGAAGGAAGCCUGCAAAUGGAUCCGGCAAAUAUCUGGCACUGAUAAGGAAUGGGGCGCACUGCUUCAAACCCUUGGGCACUCAGAAAUGGUGUGCUGUGCUGCAUUCUCUCCCGAUGGAAAGCUGGUGGCAUCAGGCUCUAGCGAUCAAACGGUCAAAAUAUGGGAUACGGCAACAGGCAGUCUACAAAAGAUACUCGAUCAUCCAGCUACGGUUUAUACUGUGGCAUUCUCCUCAGACAACAAACUACUAGCUUCUGGGUCAGGUGAUCGUUUCAUCAGGAUAUGGGAUACAGACGCAUGGCGUGAAACAGAGAGGCUGGAGUACUCACAGUAUACCACUCAUCUGGCUUUCUCUUCAGAUAGCAGGGUAUUAGCUUCUGCCUCAAGUGAUGGUGAUGUUAAGCUAUGGGAGAAGGGGACAGGGAGUGUGACGUGGGAACGGCGGAACACGCAGCCAACAUCCCAGCUCAAGCCCAUGGCCCUUUCUCCCGAUACUCAAUUAUUGGCAGCAGCAACAGAUCCCCCUAAUAGCUCAGAUGUAGUAACCCUAAUUGAUACGAAGACAGGUAGCAUAGUGCGGAGACUUUCUCACGCCAACAAUGUUGCGAAAGUGGCAUUCUCUCCAGACAACCGGCUGGUGGCCUGUGCUUUAAUGGAUAAUACUCUCACACUAUGGGAUACUGCGACAUGGGAUAUCAAACGCACAGUCCAUUACCGAUACCCAAACGCCCCUACCUUUUCUCCUGAUGGCAAGCUCCUUACUCUGAAUGCGCGCGAUGGGACCGUUCAACUAUGGAAUACAAAUACUGAAACCGUGGAACAAACACUACUGAAGAGCCAACGCAACACCGGUGUUGUAUUCUCACCUAAUGGUCAGUUGAUGGCCUUAAUGUCACCGUUUCGCGCAGUCAGGCUAUGGGAAGUCAUCCCAGGGAGGCGGGAGGAAAGUGAGGGUUAUCACUUCUCUAGUGUAAUGGGUGUGGUACUCUCACCAGAUGGGCUGUUGGCAGCAACGUACUCAUUGGAUUACACAAUUAAACUUUGGAUACUAGAGAAUGGAAAUCUGGCGCAAACCCUCAAAGGCCACAAGGCCUUCGUUAAUGUAGCUGCCUUCUCGCCAAACAGCAAGCUACUCGCAUCUUGGGCAUAUGAUAAUACGGUCAGAAUCUGGAAUACCGAGAACGGGGAACAAAAAUGGAAAUUUGAUGGCGGUGGUAUAAUAAUAGAAGUGAUGAACUUUUUUGCAGAGAACAGACUGUGGGCUGCAGCGUCCUCGGAUGACGAAGGUCGAGUAUGGAAUACAGAAACAGGACACCUUGAGCAGGUUGAUUCGCACGACCAUGAGUCUCACAUGCCAAAGGUGCAUCGAGGCAAUUCCUCAAUCCAGUGCAAAGGGGCCGAAUGUGAUAUCUCUGUCGAAAAGGAGUGGGUUAUUGUUAAUCGAAAGAAGAGUAUCUGGUUACCUCCAGAAUACCAGCUUUUUUCAAUGGCGAAAGACUCAUCAUGGGCAGUUCGAGAAAAUACUCUCGUGAUUGGGUGUGAUUCCGGCCGUGUUCUUUUCAUUUGGUUUGAUCCAGUUGCGAUGAGAGAUGUGAUAUGCUGA